CUUUCGGACAUCUCAUAACUCCUGACCGAGCCUGGCCGAACCCUCGGUGAUCUAUGUGAGAAGCCCGCCAUCCAUCAUACCUAAGACCGCCGAAUCGCGAUGCGAUAGAAAUAGUCCCUUGUAUACAAAGUCGGGGUAUACAGUCGUGGUAUAAAGUCGUAGAUCAGGAAAUCCUUGGUCGCAGUCAUCCCAGACUAAUCGUGCUAUUUUGAAACAUGUCGUCUGCGUCCCACCCAGCAACUUACAAAGCCUAUGCCUUCUUGGAGAAGGGCGGUAACCUCGAGCCAAUCGACGUCAAAUGGAAGGACCCCCAGCCCGGCGAGAUCGUUGUCAAAGUGCUUGCAUGCGGUGUCUGUGCUAGCGAUGAGAUAGCCAAGCACCAGUUCUUCCCUACCGUCACUUACCCCCGUAUCCCAGGACACGAGGUCGUCGGUGAUGUCGCAGCCGUCCACCCCACCGACAAAGUGUGGAAGGUCGGCCAGCGUGUGGGCUCAGGCUGGCACGGAGGCCAUUGCAGCGUUUGCGAGAGAUGCCGUGCUGGCGAUUUCUCCAUGUGCAGCAACCAGCUGGUCAACGGUAUCGGUCAGGAUGGCGGAUAUGCUCAAUAUGUCACAUUGAAGACCGAGUCUAUCAUCAGUGUCCCCGAGGAUAUGGAUCCAAAAGAGGCAGCGCCAGUGCUUUGCGCUGGCUUGACAGCAUUCAAUUCGAUUCGCCACAUGAACGCCACGCCGCCCGACUUGGUUGCGGUCCAAGGCAUUGGCGGUGUUGGCCACCUUGCCCUGCAGGUUGCGAAAGCGAUGGGCUUCCGCACCAUUGCCCUGUCGUCCAACUCAGCGAAGAAGGACCUUGCAACCGAGCUCGGCGCCCAGUACUACUUCGAUGGUUCCCAGGUCGACCAGGCGGAGGAGCUGCAGAAGCUCGGCGGGGCGAAACUGAUCGUGUGUACGGCACCGAACCCCGAGAUUAUUCAGGCGCUCGUGGGCGGGCUCGCCGUGGACGGCGAGCUCCUGAUCCUCGCUUUGACUGGAAACGCAACCAUUCCUUUACUUCCGUUUGUCGGCAAACGUCUCACCUUGCGCGCAUGGAACACCGGCACGCCCAAGGAUGGCGAGGAUACAUUGGAGUUCGUCAGGACGACAGGGAUUAAAUGCAUGGUGCAGACGUUCCCCCUCGAGAAGGCGCAGGAAGCGUAUGAUCACCGCAGCUCGGCCAAAUUCCGAGCUGUCCUCAUUCCGUGAAGUUGUCUCGUGUAGUAGCCGCGAAGGUUAAACAGGCAAAACAAUGUAUUAUUUGAGGCAUUGUCAUUCAUACGCACGGACGUCAUUGAUCCGUCUAAUAUGCUCGCCGA